AUGACGGUGCAGCACCACCGUAGUCCUCAGUUAGAUUCUCCUUGGGAACGAACUUGUAGAAACUUUCCAUACCUUCUGCGUGAAUAUGUAACUGUGUGCGCAGAAAAUGAAAUCUGCUUUGUUACAGUUCUCACUGGGCCGAUGAAUGAGAUGAAGAUGAAGUCACGUGACCUUACCGAGCACUUUGGGCAGAUGGGGCUGCUUGUCGGCCCAGUCGCGCAGCAGGGCGAGAAGGGCGCAGAGUCGAGAAAUUUGCAGGAUAUCCUCACGGAACCGAACAAACAAACCAGACUUGAAGAUGGUAUUCUCAUCUCCAAAUUAGUGCCUGCCAAUGCCAAAAUUUUAUGCUGGCGCAGCAGUCGACAACAAGACCCCCACCCACUUGGUUGCGCCACAGAAGGCCCCGUUGAAGCUUGUCGAAGAACAGGGCCAAAGAGUAAAUUCAAUUCUGGAGCCAAGAGCGUGGGAAGGUGCACUACCUCGGAGAACACCACUCGUCGAUGGUUGAAAGAUGCUAAAAACAUCUUACCUUUAUUUGCAUUUCAAGUGUGGCUACUUACUUUCUGA